AUGCUUGACAAAUCAAAGAUUAAUUAUCAAUAUCUUGAAGAUACCCUCCUUAAUACUUCUGGCAAAGUACCUCUUGCUGAACGCUUCCGUACUCUUUUCACUUUAAAGAACAUUGCUGAUGAUAAAGCAGUUGAUAUCAUGGCUAAGACCUUUAAUGACAAGUCAGCUCUUUUAAAACAUGAAGUCGCUUACUGUAUUGGACAAACUGGUAAUCCUCAUGCCAACAAGAUUCUUGAAGAAGUUCUUGCUGAUCCUAAUCAACACGUUAUGGUACGUCAUGAAGCAGCUGAAGCCAUGGGAGCUCUUGGGUUCCCCGAGUUCCUUCCUAUCCUUGAGAAAUAUUCCAAGGAGUGUGAUCAAGCUAUUGUAGAUACCUGUGUUCUUGCUAUUGAUAGAAUUAACUAUGUCAAUGAUCCUGCUAAUAAAAAGGAGAAUGAAUACAAGAGUGCUUACUCCUCUGUUGAUCCUGCUCCUCCUACCUUGGAGACAAAGGAUGUUCAAGUCUUGGGUCAAGAAUUGAUUGAUCCUAAUCUCUCUCUCUUCAAGAGAUAUAGAGCCAUGUUUGCCCUUCGUGAAAUCGGUACCACAGAGGCUGUACUUGCCCUCUGUGAGGGUCUCAAGGACAAGACCUCUGCUCUCUUCCGUCAUGAAGUCGCCUAUGUUCUUGGUCAAAUGCAAAACCCUGCCUCUGUCCCCGCUCUUACUGAAUCCCUUAAGAAUAAGGAAGAAGUCCACAUGGUACGCCAUGAAGCCGCUGAAGCUCUUGGCUCUGUUGCUAGUCCUGAAGUCUUUGAAGUCUUGAAUGAAUUCAAGAAUGAUCCUGAACAAGUCGUUGCUGAAUCUUGUAUUGUUGCCCUUGAUAUGUUUGAAUAUGAAAACAGUGGUGCUUUCCAAUAUGCUGAUAGUCUUGAAAAGCAAAACAUGCACUCUCUUAAGCUCGCUACUGGUUAUUAA